CACGUUUAUUCAUCUGAAGCCCAUAUAUAUGUUAAUAGGCCCAUAAAUCAGAGACGUUUACAAUCAACGAACAAAACAAUUUCGCCUCUUUGAGACAUUUCGGCAAACAGUGAUAAAAAAUGCAAACUUUAAGGAAAGCCAUUUUGAGCCACAUUAGGAUUGGAGUCCCUGUGAAAGGGCAUUUGCGUAAAUUUGGCGCAGCGACCAGUAUCAACCAAGAACGAGUGAUGAGUCGAGUCAUUGAGUUGGUGAAGAAAUUUGACAAGAUUGAUGCUACUAAGGUUACAGAAAGAGCCGAUUUUCAGAAGGACUUGAGCCUCGACAGCCUGGACAGAGUGGAACUCGUGAUGGCUUUCGAGGAAGAAUUUUCUGUCGAGAUAUCUGAUGCCGAAGCAGAUAAGCUUAAGUGUUGUGCUGAUGUUGCUAAAUAUGUUAUUUCGAGUUCGACUGAUGGAGUUUCCGAAUCUUCUUCUUGAUUUCAACUGUUUUCACAUUUUGCAAGUUUUAUUAAUUAGUCCAUUUUCUUGCCACAAAAACUGAGAUAAAUGUUCUUGUUUCUACUUCUUGGCUAUUAUGAAAUGAAUUCUUUUACGACAAAAGUGAUUUUCUGGAUA